GGUAUUCCAAUACUAGCUCAGGAUGUUAGAGAUGUUUUUUCCAAAAAGGAAAAGUGCAUGGGGAAGACAAUAGAGUCUGACAAUGAAUAUGACCCAUCCUCUGACAUUGAUAACCAAUGUGACAGUGAUGAUGACUACGAUGAUGACCUAAAUAAUGAGGAUAAUACUGAGGUGAGAUGCAUUACUAGGCCAAUUAACAAGUACGAGCGAUGGUUCCAGGAACUCGCCCUAAGAAGCAAAAGACGGCACAAAUGGCGGCUGCAAACCAGCUGCCACCGUGCUCGCCUACCAAAUUUACUAGGAAACAGGCAGCCAGACCUACUGGAGGCCGUCCACCACCUAGGGAUGCAAACCAGCUGCCACCAUGCAUGCCUACCAGAUUGACUAGGCAACAGGCAACCAUGGCAUCGCCUGGAGGCCGUCCACCACCUAGGGAUGCAAACCAGCUGCCACCGUAUAUGCCUACCAGAUCGACU